AUGUUGCGAUUAAAUAAUGUGAGGCUUUUUUUUAAAAGUAAGAUUCGAUUAAGCGGUGGGAAGCAGCAUCCAAAAUGGGUUGUAAAGGAUAAGGAAAAAUAUAAUAUAUACACAUAUGACAAUUCAUAUUAUGGGGAGAAUUUCAGAUAUAAUAAUUUUAUACUGCAUAUAAGAUCAUACAAAUAUUAUAUUGAUUAUAUAAUAGAAAAUGUUUAUAGAAGUCUUAAAAAUGGUGGUAACUUUUUCAUUUUGCCAUUAAAAAAUAUUAUUUUAAAACAUAAUCCAGAUGUUCGUUAUCAGUUAGUAGCCCUUAUGGCUUUUUUCGGGACUACUUCCGCUAUUACUUGCUACCACAAUUCCAUUUAUCAAAAUAUUAUUGAUGUUACAAAUAUGUUAGAAUUAGGACUGGUUGAUGAUAUGAAAGAUAAUAAUUUCUUUGAUACACAAAGUGAAUUACAAAACAAAAACAUUAAUGAUUAUAGCCAAGAUCAUGAAAGGCUAAAUGAGCUAUGGGAAAAGGCGUUGAGAGAUUCAACAGAAAAAAACAGUUUCAAUGAAAUGUGCAAUUAUUUAUCCAUUAAAGAUGGUGAACAAAUUGCUAGUUUUAAACCAAAACAUAUAUGGAGAUAUAACAUGAUACCUUAUGGAGAAAAUAAUCCAGAUACACAGACAUUCCCUAUCCCAUCAUAUGAAAAACCUUUCAGAUCAUUUGCUUUAAAUUUUACAUAUAAUAAUUUAUCCGGAAACUGGGGAGACUAUAUUGAUAGAAGAGACAAUAAAGGAUCCUUAUUAAGACCAUCAAGAUACAUGUUUACGGAUGUGAUAAUACCCGCAACGAAAUAA